AAAAAAAAGUAAGGUUUGUUUUGAUGUGAUUCAUCCUCCAGCUCCACGCCACGGUUGUGAUUCCUUUUUCUUCGGUUUUGUGGCCCCAAAUCAAUAGUAAAAACACGGCGGCGAGAUGGCGGAAUCGGGCAUCGAGUCACCGGCGGCACCCGAGUGGCUGGUGAAGCUGGAGAACCGCCGCGAACAGAUAAAGGCCACGAAACUGAGCCACGAAAGUGGAAACGGUGCACCGUGCAACGUGUGUGGAAGCGCCUGUCCCGGGCUGGAUCUACACUUUUGGCGCAAGAUCUGCCGGAAUUGCAAGUGCCGCAAGGAGCAGCACGAUUGCAUCGACGAUGAUGUCAGCGGUUGGGCACAGUUCGAAAUUCUCGGUGCCAUACGCUCCAAACCAGCAUACAUUCGCAUCUCGGAGCUAACAGAUAAACCGGUGCAGCUCACUUGGGUUCCACCGAACGUCACGCCGGAACUGGCCACCGACUAUAUGCGCACCCUCGGCGAACAGAACAUCCCGAUCGUGGGCAGUGAGGCGGCAGAGAAGCGUAAACAGCAGCUCGAAUACCAAGUGCCGGCGCACGAUCUCGACACGAACCUGUGCCACAAUCUAACCCCGUACGAAGCGGGCCAGCUGAGCGAUUACGUCGAGAAAAUCAAGGCACACUGCGUUGGGCAAGGUACGGUCGUACGGAUUGGUGGGGACAGUGCCGGACUGCUACAGUACGGCACAAUCGUACAGCAGCACGAUCAACAGCAUCCGAAGCCACCUACCAGCGGGUCCGCGCCAAGUGGCAACGAUUCGGAAGCCGGCAGGCGACCAGAUUUCAUGGAAAGUCCGAUACUCUCCGAUAAAAUGAAGUACAAACUCAACCUGAUGGGCAUCGGGAGCUCGGAAGCGGUCCAGCAAGCCAUGCGGUACGAUCCGGCUAUUGUCUUAUCGGCCGCCGGGAUGGCACAGUACCCGGAACCGAUCGUCAAGUUCCACCGCGAGUAUCAGGCGAAUCCGAAAUUCCGUGCCGAAAUGGAUCGUUUCGUGGAGUCAGUCAGGCCGCAGGUUCCCGGUCAAUCAAUCCCCGGCAUCGCUGGCACCGGUCCGAUGGUUCCCUCAGGAAGCAACGAUUCCGGGUUCGCUUCGUUCCCCGUCAGUCCGGCACAGGAUGAUGACCAACCGGCGUCAUCGUCGUCGUCGUCGUCGGCUGGUCGUGGGUUGAUCGGUGCCAUGGAAGCGAUGCAACUGGCACCGCCAUCAACCGUCCCAACGAAGCAGCAGGCUGCGCUUAUUGGCAAUGAGGCCGUUGCUACGCAACGCUGUACCGGUUGCAAGCUGCCCAUCAAGGCCGGGGACGUGGCGGUUAAGGUGGAUCGGGCUAGCAGUAGCGAGCAGGGCAUAUGGCAUCCGCAGUGCUUCAAGUGUGAAAGUUGUGGUGAACUGUUGGCCGAUCUGGUCUACUUCUACCAUGCCGGCGGUGUAUACUGUGGCCGUGAUUUGGCGGCCAUUCUGAAGAUUCCACGCUGCGCCGCCUGUGAUGAGCUGAUCUUCACGAAGGAGUACACGGCGGCCGAAGGUGCUACGUUCCAUGUGCGGCACUUCUGUUGCUACCACUGCGAUGGUCCGCUGGCCGGGCAGCAGUACGUGAUGGAGGAGCGGUCGGCGCAACCGCUCUGUUUACCGUGCUACGAGGCACACUACGCGCAAACGUGCAGCACGUGCGGUCGGUGCAUUGGCCCAACCGAGCAGGGUGUCGGAUGGGAUAAGAUCCACUGGCACAAGGAGUGCUUCCGGUGCAGUGGAAAGCACUGCCAGAAAUCGCUCAUCGGUGGACGGUUCUGUGUGAAGGCCAAUCGACCAUACUGCAGUGCCCAGUGCACUAAGGAUGUCUAAGGGGCGUGUUUCAAUCGUAUGUGUGCUUGUUCCGUGGCCAUAAGAAGAAGUGGUUGCCAACGUAGGGGGGCGAGAUUUCAAAUCCGGUGCAACUGGUGGCAUUUCGAAAGCUUUUUUAUGAAAAACAACAAACAAAAAGUAUUUUGAAGAAGACAUUAGAUCCCAUAAGCCUUAUAUUUAUAAUGCCCACCAUUACCUAGUAUUAUAGAGGGGGUAUAUUUUUCUAGAAACUUAUAUGAUGCCAACGAACAAAAAAAAAAGAGGACACUUUGAUUGUCGUUCUAUUCGUACCACUCCGUACGCGCACUAGAUGUAAGUACCUCGGAACGAGGAAACCCCCAAACAAUCAAAGCAACCGCCGAAACAGAGCAUCUUUUUAUCUCAGAACAUCUUUUAUAGAGGAACCACAAUUUUAGACAAACUGACGAACGUUUUUU